GAGUUACAUUGUGUUGUUUGUGUGCCCUUUAUUUUUUUGAGCAGUGUUUACACACAUCUCUACAAACAAAAACACCAACUAAUGUGUACGUGUAGUUGACAUAAAGCGCAGUGUGAACGCAGCCUAAUAACUAUACUAGAGGUGUACUGGUCUUUAAAGGGGGAGAGGAGGGGGGCGCCUAUCGCACUCCUGUCCCCCCUAUGAAUUCUAUGUAAGGUGAUCUCGUCCACCAGACCCCGCCCCCUCAUCCAUGCGCAGGCCCCGCCUCCAUCUUAUUGUCUCCGGAGGAGGAGGAAGACGGGAGGCGGGCGCUGACAAGAUGGCGGCUCCCAGGGAGGCGUGAAAAGAGUCUCCGGCGCCUUGGACCGUGUUCGCACACCUAUAAUCCCGGUUGCAGACGGUUUUUACAUCCCUCCCGUUCGGGCAGUUUAUCGUCCCCGUCAGUUUUUCGUCGUUUUCUCCUCACAUCCGCCGGGUUGCAGUAGAUAAGCGGUGGCGGAGGGGGUGGAGCCGUCACUUUCAGCCCCCAUCUACACGCCGCGGUAUCCUCGGGAGGAGAGGAGCCGGUGAUCCCUCCGGUAGAGGCAGCAGAGGAGCGGCCCCGGUGCCGUUUGUGUGUGUGUUGUCGCCCCGCUCGCCGCCAUCUUUGGUUUCCCCUCAGCAGCUCUUUAUUGGUUUGUUUGGACGGCACAAGAUGGCGGCUCCCAUGGACUCCCUCAGCUUCGCUGCUCCCGGGCGGCUGUGAAGAGAAGCGCGGGGCCGGGUGAGGAGGAGAGGGGGCGGCCUGCGGGGGACGUGCUGCCUGUCCCUGACCCGUACACGUCAGGGGGGCCCGGAGCGGCGGGCGCGGGAAUCCCGUUUGUUUUCUCUCCGGCCGCCGUCAUAAAAUGGCGGCUCCCAUGGACUCCAUAGCGCCACAGUGAGCGCCGGCUCCGGACCAGGCCUCAGCCCCGGCGUUUUUGCUUCUAACCCGGUCACAUCUCGCACACACAUCCCCGUCCCCCGAGCUGCCGGUACCGCUUCAUCGAUCACAGCCUCCGCCGCUAUGGCCUCCACACCGGCGGUGACCGGAUCAUCUUCCGCCGCCCUGCAGCCCCGCUGGAAGCGAGUGGUCGGCUGGUCGGGCCCGGUUCCAAGGCCCCGGCACGGACACAGGGCCGUGGCCAUCAAGGAACUGAUUGUGGUAUUUGGUGGCGGAAAUGAAGGGAUCGUGGACGAGCUACACGUCUAUAACACAGCGACCAACCAGUGGUUCAUUCCGGCUGUCAGAGGAGAUAUUCCUCCAGGUUGUGCUGCCUAUGGAUUUGUCUGCGAUGGCACCCGUCUACUUGUCUUUGGAGGAAUGGUGGAAUAUGGAAAAUACAGCAAUGACUUGUAUGAGCUUCAGGCAAGCAGAUGGGAAUGGAAGAGAUUGAAAGCCAAAGCACCAAAAAAUGGCCCUCCUCCAUGUCCUCGACUUGGUCAUAGCUUUUCAUUGGUGGGAAGUAAAUGUUACCUGUUUGGUGGAUUGGCGAAUGAUAGUGAGGAUCCAAAGAACAACAUUCCCAGGUACCUGAAUGAUCUCUAUAUUUUGGAGCUUCGUCCUGGCUCUGGGGUUGUAGCUUGGGACAUCCCCAUUACAUACGGCAUACUCCCACCUCCUCGUGAAUCGCAUACUGCAGUUGUAUAUACUGAAAAAGACAGCAAAAAAUCCCGCUUGGUUAUAUAUGGUGGUAUGAGUGGAUGUCGGCUUGGUGAUCUCUGGAUAUUGGAUAUAGACACCCUGACCUGGAAUAAACCUAAUCUAAAUGGUGUUGCUCCUCUUCCUCGAAGUCUUCAUUCUGCCACAACAAUAAGUAACAAGAUGUAUGUUUUCGGAGGUUGGGUGCCUUUAGUAAUGGAUGAUGUAAAAGUAGCCACUCAUGAGAAGGAAUGGAAAUGUACAAACACCCUUGCCUGUCUCAACCUUGACUCCAUGAUAUGGGAACACAUUGUCAUGGAUACAUUGGAGGAUAACAUUCCCCGGGCCCGUGCUGGCCAUUGUGCUGUAGCAAUUAAUACACGUUUGUAUAUAUGGAGCGGGCGUGAUGGCUACCGCAAGGCUUGGAAUAACCAAGUGUGUUGUAAAGACCUUUGGUAUCUUGAAACAGAAAAACCCCCAGCGCCUGCUCGUGUACAGUUAGUUAGAGCAAAUACUAACUCUCUGGAGGUAAGCUGGGGUGCUGUAUCCACGGCGGAUAGCUAUUUGUUACAACUUCAGAAGUAUGACAUACCAGCUGCUGCUGCUGCGAUGUCUCCAACCAAUCCAGUUCCGUCUGUGCCAGUGAAUCCGCCCAAGAGUCCAGCUCCAGCUGCUGCUGCUCCAACGGUGCAACCUGUAGCUCACACUGGCAUUACCCUGGUACCUCAGCCUGCCUCCGUGCCUCCUACCACAGCCACUAUACAGGUCUUGCCUACGAUUCCUGGGAGCCCAAUUGCAGUUUCUGCUGCUCCACGUCCUCAAGCUGUCCCAGCUGUUCUGAAGGUUGGCGCCCCCCAGUCUACAGUCAGUACGCCGCUGGUUACUGUUCGGCCUGCUACUCAAAUUGGAAAAGCGCCAGUUACCGUCACUUCUCUUCCUCCUGGUGUGAGAAUGGUGGUCCCUGCUCAAAGUGCACAAGGGGCUACGAUUGGUGGCAGCCAACCCAUGAGUGGCAUGGCAGCUCUUGCUGCUGCAGCUGCUGCUACACAGAAGAUCCCUCCUUCCUCUGCACCAACAAUGUUGACUAUGCCUGCUGGAACCGCCAUGGUAAAAUCUGUUAUGUCAUCUGCCAACACACUACCGACAACUGUGAAAAUGGCAUCUUCUCCAAUUAUGGUCAGUAAUCCAGCCACACGCAUGUUGAAAACUGCAGCAGCUCAAGUAGGCACUUCAGUUUCCUCUGCAGCCAAUACCCAGAAUCGUCCAAUCAUUACGGUGCAUAAGUCGGGGACAGUCACAGUAGCACAACAAGCCCAAGUUGUAACCACAGUGGUCGGAGGUGUCACAAAGACUAUCACUCUUGUUAAAAGUCCAAUUUCUGUGCCUGGUGGAAGCACCUUGAUUUCAAAUCUUGGUAAAAUGAUGUCUGUAGUGCAAACCAAACCAGUCCAAACAUCUGCUAUAACAGGACAGGCCUCUUCUGGGCCCUUAACCCAGAUUAUUCAGACAAAGGGUCCUCUCCCUGCAGGAACAAUUUUGAAGUUGGUGACGUCGGCAGAUGGCAAACCCACAACAAUUAUCACAACCACACAGGCCGGAGGAACAGGUACCAAGCCCACCAUCCUGGGCAUCAGCAGCGUCUCGCCCAACACAACAAAGCCUGGAACCACAACCAUUAUUAAAACGAUUCCUAUGUCUGCUAUUAUCACACAAGCAGGAGCCACAGGUGUUACCAACACUGCUGGAAUGAAGUCACCAAUUACCAUCCUCACAACUAAAAUGGUAACAUCGGGCACUGGAACUCCAGCUAAAAUAAUAACCGCAGUUCCCAAGCUGACAACAAGUCAUGGACAACAGGGAUUAACACAGGUGGUUUUGAAGGGGGCACCUGGCCAGCCUGGCACUAUUCUCCGGACAGUCCCUAUGGGUGGCGUCAGACUUGUCACCCCUGUGACCGUAUCGUCUGUUAAACCUACUGUAACAACGCUAGUUGUUAAGGGCACCACAGGGAUGACCACACUGGGCACAGUCACGGGAACAGUUUCAACAAGUCUGGCAGGAGGUGGUGUGCACAACACUGCUUCCCUUGCAACGCCAAUUAAUACUUUAGGAACCAUUGCAACUCUUUCUAGUCAAGUGAUCAAUCCUGGAGCCAUUACAAUGUCUUCAGCACAAACCUCUCUUACUGCAGCCUCUGGUCUGAGCACACCAACCAUCACUAUGCAGCCAAUCUCUCAGCCAACCCAAGUAACUUUAAUCACGACUCCUAGUGGUGUUGAAGCACAACCUGUGCAUGACCUUCCGGUCUCUAUUUUGGCUUCACCGACCACUGAUCAGCCUACAGCAACUGUAACUAUAGCUGAUUCAGGCCAAGGAGAGCAGUCACCAGGCACAGUUACACUUGUAUGUUCCAAUCCGCCCUGUGAGACCCAUGAAACAGGAACUACAAAUACUUCAACCACCACCCUUGUCAACCUAAGUAGCAUUGUACAGCAACCUGGUGGCACCUUGCAAUUUGUCUGUGAGGGUCAGGAGCCAGGAACAUUUGUAGCUACAGCACUGGGUCAGGCAAACGGGAGUGUUGUCAGGGUCUGUUCCAACCCUCCCUGUGAAACCCAUGAAACUGGAACUACACAAACGUCAACCACAGCAAUGUCAAAUAUCAACAGUGGACAACCAGGAUCUGUUGUAAGAAUAUGUUCAAAUCCACCGUGUGAGACUCAUGAAACUGGAACUACCCAGACAUCCACUACAGCGAUGGCAAACAUGGGCAGUGGGCAGACAGAAGCUGUGCGUAAUGUGUGUUCGAAUCCACCGUGUGAAACCCAUGAUACUGGUACAACGCCAACUCCCACAACAGCAAGGUCAAAUAUUGGCACCGAGCAGAAUGAGCACUUGCAGAGACCACCUAAUAAUCAACCUUGUGAGACUGUACAGACCGUAUCCACCCGUACAGUCAUGACUGUGCCUGUUAAUAUCACCAGCGGUCAAUCUGAAAAGGUACUAAAAGUUUGUUCCAACCCACCAUGUGAAACCCACGAGACAAAUACAACCAACACAUCCACUACUGCUACGUCUAAUUUGUCAGCAGGGCAGCCAGGUGAAACUCAUGAAACUGGCACCACACACACCCCAACCACAGCAAGGUCAAAUAUAGGAACAGGACUUUCAGAGAACCUCAACAGAACGGCGAACAAUCCACCAUGUGAGACUCAUCAAACCAUUUCUACUAAAACUACAAUGUCUGUGCAUUCGGAGUUUGGUUCUGGAACAUCUAGCCUUCUUGAGGUUGAGAACAGCAGUGCGUCAUCUAGCACGGAAAGUAAGAAGUCAAGUGCUGUGCCGCCCCAGUUGGGCUCUUCCAGUCUUCCAUGCGAGACCUUGGUAACUGGCACUACACAAACUGCAACCACAGCCAAAUCCAAUAUAAACUCUGGAACAUCUGAAAAUAACCAACGUUCUGAAGGGGAGUCUUGUGAGACCCACCAAGCAAGUUCCACAAGUACAAAGAUGAGUUUAUCUGCAGAUGCACCAACAGAUGUUAAUCCGACUGUAAAACCAGUGUGUUCUAACCCUCCAUGUGAGACCCAUGAAACUGGUACUACAAACACCCCAACCACGGCAAGGUCCGGCAGUGGCACAGAACAAACUUCUGGUGAUGGAACAUGUGAAACGCAUCAGACAACUUCUACAGGAACAGUCAUGAUGGCGUCAGAAUCGCAGGCCGGCACUUUAGAACAACGGGUAUGCUCUAACCCACCAUGUGAGACUCACGAAACGAACACCACCAACACUGCAACCACAUCUACUCACAACAUGGGAAGCAAUCCACCUCCGGCAGCUCCUACACAACAGGUCUGCUCAAACCCUCCUUGUGAAACCCAUGAGACAGGAACCACUCAUACCGCCACAACAGUCACCUCCAACAUGGCAGCGAAUCAAGACCAGCAACCAGCUGCUAAUGGGCAAGGAGAGCAGGAAACUGUACCCGCUGAGGAAUCUGCCUCAAGUAGCGCGUCCACAGCCGUAGCUGCUACAUCUACUGUGACUAUAGUAGCAGUGGCCGCCUCUUCUCCAGUACAUUCAACUGUUCCAAUCGUCUCCAGGGCGGUGACCAUGGUAACACAGUCCACACCAAUACCUGGUCCAUCUGUACCGAAUAUUGCAUCUAUGACAGACCCACCCACAGAAGACAGUGUACAAAGUUCAGAAGCAGUCCCUUGCACUGAGCAAAGUGAAGCUCCACUUUCUGCUGACAUCCUCCAACCUCCUGAAGAUGUGCAGGCAGAGCCUCAAGCACAGGCUAUGGACACUGCUGUGCCGGAGCAUAGCGAAGCAGAACUACAAGCCGCAAUGGAAGCAGAACGGGCUCAGGAGGCGGCUGCAGCUGCCGAGCAGCAGGGUGUAGAACAACUGUCCCUCCCUCAGGAACUAAUGGCAGAGGGGCAGACAACAACACUCAUGGUCACAGGGUUAACACCAGAAGAACUGGCGGUUACUGCUGCAGCUGAAGCUGCUGCACAGGCGGCUGCGACAGAAGAGGCUCAAGCCCUGGCUAUUCAGGCAGUACUGCAGGCUGCACAGCAAGCAGUGAUGGCAGCAGCUGGAGAGCCUAUGGAUACUUCUGACGUGGCUCAUGCGGAGCUGCGUCACCUGACAUCGGAGGGGCCCACCACCACGAUACCCAUAGUACUAACACAGCAAGAACUUGCAGCUUUGGUUCAUCAGCAACAAUUACAAGAAGCUCAACAUCAGCAACAGCUACAACAUCAGCAACAGCUCCAACAGCAGCUCCAACAGCAGCAAUUGCAGCAACAGCAGCAGUUGCAGCAGCAGCAACAAAUACAGCAACAGCAACAAUUGCAGCAACAGCAGCAGUUACAGCAACAGCAACAAUUACAGCAACAGCAAUUACAGCAACAGCAGCAAUUACAGCAACAGCAGCUACAACUACAGCUCCAGCAAUUGCACCAUGUUCCUACAGAGGCCUUGGCACCAGCUGAUAGCCUCAAUGAUCCUGCCAGUGAGAGCAAUGGGCUCAAUGAACUCACCAGUGCAGUGACCAGUGCGGUGUCUCUUUUACCAGCUACUCCUACAGACAGUUUGGCUCCAACUAAUACAUUCACAGCACCUCAACCGGUGGUGAUAGCCAGUCCUGCCAAAUUGCAGGCGGCAGCAGCACUUACUGAAGUGGCAAACGGUAUUGAGUCAAAGCAAGACUCUGCACCGCAGCAGCCUAAAGCUCCAUUAAAAAAAGAGAAUCAGUGGUUUGACGUAGGUGUUAUCAAAGCCACAAAUAUGAUGGUCACACAUUACUACUUGCCUGCUGAUGACUCUACCAAUGAUGAUGACUCCGGUGCUCUUCCAGACUACAGUCAGUUAAAAAAGCAGGAACUUCAGCCCGGCACUGCCUACAAGUUCCGUGUUGCUGGCAUAAAUGCCUGUGGUCGUGGACCAUUCAGUGAGAUCUCUGCCUUCAAGACCUGCCUGCCUGGUUUCCCAGGUGCUCCAUGUGCCAUAAAGAUCAGCAAGAGUCCUGAUGGUGCUCACCUCACAUGGGAACCGCCUUCUGUCACUUCUGGGAAGAUCAUAGAAUACUCCGUCUACCUUGCAAUUCAGAGCAGUCAAGGCAGUGGAGAACAGAAAACAACACCAGCUCAGUUAGCAUUCAUGCGAGUUUAUUGUGGCCCUAAUCCUUCCUGCCUUGUGCAGUCCUCAAGCCUUUCAAAUGCUCAUAUAGACUAUACCACAAAACCUGCAAUCAUUUUCCGUAUUGCUGCACGCAACGAGAAGGGCUAUGGACCUGCCACCCAAGUUAGGUGGUUGCAAGAAUCCAGCAAGGAUGGUUCAGCUGGAAAACCCGGAAACAAGCGCCCAGUGUCUUCUCCAGACAUGAAAUCAACUCCAAAGAAAGCAAAGCCUGAUCACCCAUGAUCCCGGUUGAAGCACCUCCCCGACCUACAAAUUGAUGCUUAAACAUCUUAACUCCACACAGUUCCUUAAGCUCCAUCCUUUUAACUGUCUUGGCUUCCUCCCUUUUGCUAGGGAACUGUAGGAAGUAUUGUUGCUCUGCUCCCCCCUACUCCUCAUUUCUUUAUCAAUGAAAACAUUGGGAAAAGCACAUUUUGCCCCCCCACCCAGGGGACUGUGCAAACCUUCGGACACCGGCAGCUGCAUGCAAGCAAACAGGCCUAGUAAUACAAGCUGAAAAGCGAAAGAAUUAUUCAGGUCUUUCUGCUUGUUUGGCGCGUUCAUGUUUUUUAAAUUUUUUUUCCCCAUAAAACGUCAGAUGGCAUCUGGGGGAAGUAUUCAACUUUGUCAACAGAAGCACUUGAACUUCACACCUCAAUGUAGCCGACUUGAAAGGUUUUAAAGACGAGCAAAGGGGUGCCAUGUAUAAACCGUGCCAGAUAGGCCUAUAUGGAUGCUAUUUUUUAAGUAUCUCACCUGGACCGCAAAGCUGCAGGAAACUAAAAGCUGGUUGGCAUUACCAGACAUCUGGACAUGAUUCCUGGAACUUUAUUGCCCGAGAACCUACCCUCUUUGCUUGGUUUGUUGGUGCGGCCAUGUACAUACUGUUACGAAGCAAUUAAGACUGGCCAGUGAGUAACGCAGAGCUUCACAUUCAGAGCACAGUGUCCGCUUGGUUUCACUUGAACUGUCGGAUUCAUUUUUGAGCUCCCGAAAACCUUGCACACUUUGAAAUGGAUUAAAGGAUGUUACUAUGAAAGUUUAAAAAGCACCGUCAGGAUUUCACAUUUUAUAUACAUAUAUAUAUUGCAACAAAGUUUGUUUUGAAUGAAGUUUUCAUUUUGUAUUACCCCCUCCCUUCCUUUUAUUUUUGCUUGUCCUGCUGUUUUUGAGAAAAAAUUUCAAGCGGACCUUAUUACCUACCAACAUUUCCUGAUGCAAGAACACCAUAGCCAGUGUCUUCAUGCUAAAGUAAUCUCUCAUUUCAUUUGGUUUAACAGGGCUUCCUUAUUAGAUCAGCUUUGCAUUAGACCCUUUUUGGGUUUGGGAAGACGAAAUUUUGCAUGACAGACCUGGCAAUGAAAUAGUAGUUGCUUCUGUAAGCUAAAUACUCUUUAAACAGCCUGUUAUAUAUUUUUUUUAAGCAAUAUUCUCUGCUUAUCUCGCCUUUUUUUUUUUUUCUGCAUAAAGUAAUAUUUGUGGUUUAGAAUUUUGUAUGGUCCGGCCCUUCUUCCAAAGCAAUAUAUAUGUAAGUGGCUUCCUGCCUUUGCAGUUUUCAUUGGUCCCUUCCCUAUUGGCUGUUGCCUGCAAAAACACCUGUCUCUUCCUGGGUAUAGAUGGUCUUGCACCAAUUGCACUGGCCUCAGAAUCCUGUACAAUUGAUCACAAAAUUGCUUUCAUUCAUCCUGCCAGCAGUAACCAGCGCCUAGAUUGCUGGUGGUGCAGGAAGGCCAAGCAGUCCCGCAUUGGCAGUUUUUUCUUUUCAUAUACAGAAUUAUAAAUAUACAUAUAUAAAUAUAUACAAACAGUUGUCGCUGUUUCAAAACAGGUUUCAAACUGUUUGAUUUCUUUUGUAAAAACAAAUUUAUAAAAAAAAAAAAAAAACUAAAAUAAAAAAUCUGAAGUAGCUUAAAAGCAUGAGGAUUUUUGUACAAAAGCAAAACCAGUAAAAACUUGUCUAAAUGGCAUAGGAUUUACAUAAUCUGUUAUGUUUAAUUUUAACACAACCCAUCCUCGUGUUGAGUUGUCGGUGUAUAUAUAUAUACAUAUACAUUUUUUGCUCUGUAUUUUUAAUCUCUGCUGUUCCCAAAUCUUUAUUUUAUUUUUAUUUUUUUUGUGUUCUUUAUUCAUGGCACAACAUUGGCUUCUUAAACAGAGGUGCACAAGGGGAGAUGGUCUGCCCAACCCCUCUCCUUGAUUUGUAACUAAAUCAUAAAUGAUAUUUUUCUUUUGCCGAUUGUGACUUUUAUUAUCUCAAGGGUAACAAAACUAAAAAUCCUUCUAUCUUGAGAAAGUGAGUUGCCUGAACAUACUAGGGGAGGCUGCAUGGUUGGGUCUUUAAUGGAGGUAAGUGUGCAGUUAUGAAAGGAUUCUGACAAUUCUAUGAAUUGUCAGCUUAAUUGUUCCAAGGCUGCGUGUGUUUUCAGUAAAUGUACCCUGCCUCUUUCAAUGUAGACAACAAGGCAGCAGUGAAAUCUGAUCUGAGAUCUAUUUUUAUGAUGUGAGAAAGAUAUUCUGGAUAUGGUAUCCUUUUUCUUACUAAUGCCCCCCCCCCGUCCCCCCCACCAACCCCCUUUUAAACAUAAGUAUCUUAACUUAGUUUUCCAACCUCCUUAAGCAAUUUAAGCUUUGUUUAAAGAAAAUAAGAGGAGAAAAAAAACUUUCUGCCAGCUUGAUGGAAGAGUGCGGCACGAGUGGAGAUGAAAUCCACAGAUCCCAUGUAAAAUGACCACCGCUGCCCCUUCUCGUUUUGUAUUAUAGUGUUACUGUGUGUUACCGCCUAGAAUCUCCUGCUAAAAACUCACCUGCCUUUUCUUUGAGAAGAAAAGCUAUUACUUCCAUUGUAGAGGAGUUCUCAAAGUGAUCCAAUAUUACUAUAGUGCUAUCUGUCGUUUUUGUGCUAUUUUGAACAAUUAAAUACCUUUUUUGAAGCCUUGUGUCAAUUCAUU